UGACAUGGGGAUACAGUGUAAAAACGAUUUACCAGGCUGUCACUUGCUGCCAUUGCUAUAAUGAUCAGCUGAUUCAGCAUUAGAAUUCUCGAUGGAAAGCUGGACGGAAUUUAAUAUCAAAUUUGUUAUUGAUAAUAUUGUUUCUUAUUUGACUGGUGACGAACAUAAAAAUUCUUCAAUAAUCAAAAUGAAUGACGAAAAUUUACUCGCAAAUGGAGAGCUGUAUUUUCUGUGUAACUUUAAAGCGUGGAGGAGUAUUUCAACGUGCGCCAAGAAUUGCACAAGUAUUUUGCAACACUUCAUACACAUACACGAUAUGACGAGAGAUAACAUUGACGCAAAUGUAACUGAGGAGAUCUUUAAACAGUUAAUACUGAAAAGUAGCAACUGGCGAAUAAGGAUACAACAAUGCAUGCUGCAAAGAGAAAGAGUCUGCUUGUUCUUAAAUCGAGAAGAUAUCAUCGCAAAUAGUAUACAGAUGGCUGUCGAAUGUGGAUUAGCAUUUGGAAGGACUCAAUCGAUUGGUAAAACAUUUAAUUUGAAGUAUCAAUCUGAUACACAAUCGGAUCUCACUUCUCACAGAUUGCGUCUAAUAAAAAAUAUUGCUGCCAAGGCAUUAAGUUUACAUGGAUGCACAUUGUCUGCUGAGGAAAAUUGUGCUAACAAAUAUAUAUUCACCAGCAAAUCAGAAGGAUCAAUUGACAAAGGAUAUGAAAAAUACAUCUGUGGUGUUGUAAAGAAUUAUGAAACAAAUUCGAAAGAAAUAUGUCUCACAUGGGAACAAUAUGUAAAAUGCAAAAUAAAUCAAUUGGCAGAAUUGAGUGAACACAAGUUUAUCGAGAGCGAAAGAAAUAAUACAGAGAAAAAUUAUUUUUCGCACAAUUUGGCCAAUGCUAUUGUCAUUUUUGAAUUAAUGGCUGUGAAACCAAGUCGAUCAAUUAUUGUAGGAAAUAAUAAUUUACAAAACAAUAGAAGUAUUACAAAUACCAGAGGUGCCUCAUUUGUGUUGUACAACACUGCCAGAAUAGCAACAAUUAUAAAGAAGUAUAAUGAAAGAGUGUCAUGUGGAUAUUACCCCAGUUUGCCAAACAUUAAAAAUGUAGAUUUCUCGCAAUUGAAUGAAGAAGAUGAAUGGGAGCUCGUAUAUAAUUUUAUCUUUGGAUAUCCGCAAAUGAUAAAUGAUUGUUUAAAGUGCGAGACUAAUUUUUCUGUUUAUCCACAAGUAUUGUGUCUAUUUUUAUCACGAUUAUGCCAAAAAUUCAGUAUCUAUUAUCGAAGAAUCAGAAUUCUAAUGGAAGGAGGUGAUCAUUUGAUUUCUAAGAUGUUUGCAAGAUUAUAUAUGUUGCAUGCAUUACAAGUUGUCCUUGAAAAUAUAUUGAACAUUUUGGGUAUCACACCUGUAUCGCGAAUGUAAAAUAAUUUUACGAAAAGAAAGAUUUACAUAAUGUUUAUUUAUGUAUAA